AACCGGAUGUUGAUUUAUUCGAUAUCAAAAUGGCCGUCUACGUGGCAAAUUUAAAAACAUGCGGUGCCUUAGUCUCUCUCUUAUUUUUCUAUUUACUUCCCACUUACUGCCAUGGUAACCUUGAUGACGUGGCCUACCAGGUACCUGGGACACACAAUGUUGCGUUUGGGACAGCAAAAAGUAACAGGUAUUUAUUGUACGAUGUCAAUCAUGGCGAAGGCUUCAACCUUCGUCGAGACGUUUAUAUGCGAGUGGCUAAUUUAGCCAAAAGCCUCAACGCGAUCGAACCGUGGAUACUAGUACUGCCUCCCUGGGGUAACCUUUAUCACUGGCAGUCAGAGAAUUUGGAAGGGAGACAGAUACGUAUACCAUGGUCGCUGUUUUUUGAUGUCGCGAGUCUCUCGUAUCAUGUACCAACGAUGGAGUUCGAUGACUUUUUGAAAGUGACUGGAUCGAAGGGACAUAUUGACCAAGUUUAUUAUUUACAGCAUUAUAAAGAAGGUUGGACGGAUGGGAAUUUUGUUGAGAAAAUCGAUGAGCGUGAAUGUCUGGAGAAAAAACGGUACAAUUUGGAUGAAAAUAAUCUUUGGAGAGGCUGGUUUUUUGGUUACUAUGACGACAUCCGCGCCAAGCACUUUAAAUGCCUGUCUGUUCAAGGCCAUGCCGGUAUAAUGAAGCCUAUUUUGUUGAAGAAUACUACUUCUACAUCUGUCUUGGUGGAUCGUGCUGAAAAUUUGUUGCAUGACCUCUACGGCGACAAAGAAUAUUGGCGUGCUCGAAGAAGCAUGGUUUUCUCCAAGGACCUCCGUUCUAUAGGUGACAAAUUCCGUUCAGAAUUCCUCAAUUCUACAGACGAGACUGACAGAACCAUUUGGGAAUCAGACUGGCGGAAAAUGAUUCGCAAAGAGCGAAAUGCAUUUGGUGGGCCGUAUCUGGGCGUUCACCUCCGUCGUAAAGAUUAUUUACGUGCUCACAGGGACCAUGUCCCUACGUUGAAGUUUGCAGCUAAACAAAUAAGAAAGCUAUUGAAACAAUUUGGAUUACAGAAAGUGUUUAUUGCUUCUGACGAUCCAGAUGAUGUGGAAAAACUAAGAAAGAAGUUGAACAAAAAAUACCAAGUUUAUAACUUCAUACCGUCGAAGGAUAUUUUAACAAAAUACAUGGACGGCGGCGUAGCUGUUAUCGACCAGUGGAUCUGUGCCCAUGCCAGGUACUUUAUUGGAACCCAUUUAUCGACCUUUUCAUUUCGAAUCCAAGAAGAAAGGGAAAUUUUAGGUUUUAAAACAAUUACAACUUUUAAUAGGUUAUGUAAAGAAGAAGAAGGAGAAGAGUGCGAACAGCCUUCGAAAUGGACGAUCAACAAUAACUUCAGAGCCAGUGGAUCAGCAUUGAAACGAAAAUCAACUGGCCGACCUCGCACCGCCAGAACUCCAGAAAAUGUGGCAGCGGUAAGAGCCUCAAUUCAACAGUCUCCACGGCGUUCAGCAUCUAAACGUGCCGCGGCUCUUAGGCUUGCCGAUAGAAGUUUGCGAAGAAUUCUUCACAAUGAUCUGCAAAUGCAUCCAUCCAAAAUGAUAUUGUCACAAGAACUCAGCGAAAGAGAUAUUGAAACUCGCAGAGCAUUGUGUUUGGAAAUGCAACAAAAUAUCCCCAAUGCAUCUCUUGUGUUGUUCAGUGACGAGACGCAUUUUCAUCUGUGUACCACAGUGAAUAAGCAAAACUUCAGAUACUGGGCCGAAAACAACCCUCGUGAGUUGCAUGAACGCCCUUUGCAUUCUCCUCGGGUGACUGUGUGGUGUGCGGUAUCAGAAUUCGGUAUAUGGGGUCCGUACUUCUUUGAAGAAGACAACGUUACAGUGGCUGAUGGGGCAACAGCCCACACUUCUCGACGUGCGAUGGGAAUUUUGAGGGAGAUGUUUCCUGGUCAUUUAAUCUCAUUGCGUGGUGACAUCGGUUGGCCCGCCCGAUCACCUGAUUUAAAUCAUUCCGAUUUUUUCCUCUGGGGAUACCUCAAGUCAAAGGUAUACAUUAAUCGCCCUCGAUCUAUUGAACAACUUAAAGAUGCCAUUCGUCAAGAAAUUGCUGCCAUUCCUCAUGAAAUGAUCCGCCGAGGUAUGGACAACUUUCAUGAACGCUUUCGACAGUGUGUGGACAAUGACGGCUCCCAUUUGACAGAUUUAAUUUUAAAAACCAAAUGA